AUGCGGCUGUUCGCAUUCGCCCUUACACUCCUGCUCGUCAAAGCAGGGAGUGAUUCCACGCUGAAGAGUCGCGAGAAUGUCGACUUCAGGGACAACAAUCGGCCUAUUUCAAAGAGCUUCAUUGUGGAGUUCGCGCCACGACAUCAGGGCUCAACUCAACGCCGAGACGGGCUCGCGUCGACCGAUGGUGUCAAUAUCGUAAAGACUUUUGACAACAAGGUCUUUACUGGCGCAAGCGUCGAGACUGAGAGCCAUACUCUUGACUCUUUGUUGAGUCUUCCUGAUGUCGUGAAUGUUUGGCCCAACGUGGCAGUCAAGCUCGACCCUGUGGAAAACAAUGGUUUGGUCCAGGGCGAGGAUGUAGCGUACACGACGCACAAUGCUACUGGUGUCUCCCAGUUACAUGCGCUGGGCAUCUUUGGAAAGGGAGCCAAGGUUGGUGUUGUUGAUACUGGUAUUUGGUACAAACACCCCGACCUCGGCAAUGGCUUUGGACCUGGAUUCAAAGUGGAGAGAGGCCAUGAUUUCGCUGGGGAUGGACUUUGGCCGUAUGAGGGCGAGAAGGAACCUGAUGAGGACCCCCUCGAUCAACAGGGUCACGGCUCUCAUGUUGCAGGCAUCGUUGCAGCUAAAGGAGCUGGAUGGUCCGGAGUUGCACCCGAGGCAACGCUUUACGCCUACAAGAUCUUUUCGCAAUACGGUUUUACCGAUACUGCGACAAUUCUCGAAGCAUUCUUCCGCGCCUAUGAUGACGGGGUGGAUAUCAUUACAGCUAGCGUCGGCUCCAACAUUGGAUGGGCUACGGAGGCCUGGUCGGUGGUUGCAUCUCGAUUUGUAGACGAAGGCAUCGUCACCGUCGUUGCGUCCGGCAACGUGGGCACAGUUGGACCGUUCCUGAGCAGUACCGGAGCAACUGGCAAGAAUGUGCUUGCUGUAGCCUCCGUUGACUCUCAGACAUUCCCUGCCUUCCCGUUCGACGCCACUUUCUCCGGAGUCGAUGGCGGCCAGGAAGAGACGGCUCGAUUUGGUUUCAUUCCUCCCAUCAGCUACGACCCGUUCCCCGCGACAAUCGUAGACGUACCCAUCGUCCCAUUCUCUCUCGACACCAACGCCACAACUGACGCGUGCGAGCCGCUUGAGCCUGGCUCUCUGGAUUUUACGGGCAAGAUUGUACUCGUCAGACGCGGGGCCGCCGUGUCAUGCGACAUCCACACGCAGCAAGAGAAUCUAGCUCUGGUCGGUGGCACGCUUGUUCUAGUUUACAACGACGACCGCCCACUCAGCUACCCCGUUAUCGGCAAUACGAACAGCACUGUCGGAUUCAUCACUAGCUUUGCAGGAAAGCAAAUCGUCGAUGCAAUCAAGGCUGGUCGUAACGUCACCGCAGACUUCUCUGUCAACCAUGGACUUCCGGUCGCGCUGACGUACUCCCUCGGCGGUGAUCCGAAUUAUUUCACCAAUAUCGGACCAUUGUACGAUCUCCAGAUCAAGCCCGAUAUUGCUGCACCGGGAGGCAAGAUCUACAGUACAUGGAUCGACGACUCUUACACCAUUCAGAGCGGCACUUCCAUGGCUGCACCGUAUAUUGCCGGGGUGGCCGCGCUGUACGUCUCUGUCCACGGCGGGCGUAACACGCACCCUAGUGGAAAUGCCUGGGCAAAAGACCUCGGCAAGCGUAUCAUUUCCAGUGGCAUCAGUGUUCCUUGGGCUGAUGGUCUGACCGAGACCGACUACGGCCACUCUGCUAGUGUCGCUCAAGUCGGAAACGGCUUGGUUGAUGCUUUCAAGGUGCUCCAGUACAAGACCGUGAUCGACUAUGAGAAAAUUGCACUGAACGACACCCGCUACUUCAAUCGCUACCAUGAGAUUUCCGUCACCAAUAAUGACGAAGAGGCAGUGACCUACAAGUUUUCUGCGGAAGACAUCGUCUCGGCCGAUAUCCUUGGGUGGUACGCAGCUGACCGGGUUAUCGCUAACCCUGCUCCUGGAACCAAGAGGGUCAAGGAAUUCUUUGACAUGGUCCCCGAGACGCGUGCGCCGGAGAUCAGCUUUCCCGCGGAUUUCACGUUGCAAUCUGGAGAAAGCAAGACAGUCUCAGUGAACUUUAAGAACCCAGACACCCUUGGCUGGAAUGCGUCUGGAUUGCCCUUGUAUAGCGGUCGUGUCCUCAUCUCUGGCAGCAAUGGAGAAUUUCUCUCUGUCCCCUAUCUUGGUCUUGGUGGCGACCUUCGCAAGGAGGUGACGCCUUUGGAGGAAACCAAUUACGCUUUCAUGAUAUCAACAACUUCGAAUACUCCAGUCGCUAGCAAGCCAUACCUAGCUGCUCAAGAUUUCCCCAGGGUCAUCAGCAAACCUAUCUAUGGCAUCAAGGAGACUCGCUGGGAUGUCUUCGAGGCGGGCUGGACGGAGCGACAGUGGAAGUAUCCCCCAGUACCCGGAGAGAAUGGCCACAUCGGUACUAUCGCCUCAUGGGUCGGGUCUGGCAGGGUAGAGGCAAUCGACACUAGCAUCUACGACCCGAACGAGACAUUCACGUAUCCAAUCAUGGAUCGCAACCGCAACGGUGCUUACGAACAGGAUGAGCACUGGUGGUUCGGGAAACUCGGCAACGGAAGCCAAAUCGCUGUUGGCAACUACACACUUCGCUUUGCGCUGUUGAAGCCAUUUGGCGAUCCAUCGCACGCGGAUAACUGGGAAGUCCUUCAUACGCCGCAAAUUUCUGUACUGUGA